AUAUUUUAUUAGACGCUGGUGCUUUAGCUGGAGUCACUUGUUUAAACUGCAUCCACAGACGUCCGUGGACCAUAACACCAGCGCUAAGGUUCUCCGGGACUUAUUUUUGUGGCGCACUUCUGUAGCUACCAAGUUGGGGGAGCAGUCUCACUGCUUUAACUGACUUUCCCGACCGUGGCUAAGUAUACAUUUCCUCGUAGUUUUUUUUUUAAGAAUCUCUUAACAGACGACGGACAGACAGAGCAAUGUCAGAAAACCACGUGUCAGGGAUGGAGACGUCCGCCGUCUCCGUCCUGAAGCGGGCAGUGGAGCUGGACAACGGCGGCCGCUUCCAGGAGUCUCUGGUCUGCUACCAGGAGGGCAUUCAGCUGCUUAUGGACGUGUUGAAAGCUGUGAAGGAUGACACAAGGAGAGGGCACUACAGGGACAAGAUAAAGGGCUACAUGGACAGAGCUGAGCAAAUCAAGGCCCGUGUGAACCAGAUGAAAGAAGAUGGGAAAUACCACGAGCAGGUCAAAAUAGCAGAGGAUGCCACUGGGUACAGCUACGAGGUUCUGUUCAAGCCAUACAUCAGCAGUUUACUCACAGAGGUCUGGGUAGAGGAUCCAUACAUACGGCAGAUCUACCAAUUGUACAACUUCCUGCGGUUCUGUGAGAUGCUGCUAAAAGCGCCCUGCAAGGUGAAAACGAUCCAUCUCCUCACGACACAAGAUGAAACGGACACCAGCCAACAGACCAACGCUCUGGCCGAGAUCAGAGAGAGUCUCGGUGCCCAUGGAGUGACUCUGGACCUGCAGUACUCCUCCACUAUACAUGACAGGGAGAUCAGGUUUAACAACGGUUGGAUCAUCAAGAUAGGAAGAGGACUAGAUUACUUUAAGAGACCAAAGGGACGGUUCUCCAUUGGAUAUUGCGACUAUGACCUCAGGCAGUGUCAUGAGACCAGCGUAGACAUUUUUCACACCAAACACACAAAAACACUGUGAGAUUUAGAAAGCGUUGCUUUCAUCUAACCAAUGGGACUUAAUUUACUUACCUGCACUCAAAACCACACAUCUGCUGUGUUUUUAAAUUUGUCUUAACAUACAGGUGCAUGUGAUCGGCUUUAUAACAAUGAUGUGACUGAACCAUUUUUGUCAGAGGUUCAUGUAAUGCACUUUGAUACAUUUUAUAUUUCUUCCAUCUUAUUUUUUAAAUUUUAUUUUAUUUUUUCAGGGCAUUUAUCAGAUGUUUUUGUCCAAAACAAAUUAACAGUAAUUCAUACAUACAUUCAUACACUGAUGGUGGUGGCUGCCAUGUAAGGUUCCGACCAGCACAUCAGGAGCAGUUUGGGGGCAGUAUCUUGCUCAAGGACACUUUGAUGUGUAGACCAGUGGAACCAAAAAGUGACCUUGCAAUCACAAGACGCUGACUCUACCCCUGAGCCACAGCUGCCUGCUCUUAUGUUUAUCAUGUUUAUCUGAACAGCCUUUUUCAUCUCUCUUUUUGACAUCCUCUGUGUUGGGUUUCAUUUCCAUGACCUGUUUUUUCUUUUAAAUGAACUUUUCUCAUAUAAAUGGAAGCUUGAUGAUUGUUUACAGGUAAGAUGCUUUUCAGGUAUUCAUACUGCCAUCUGGUGGAAAAAUGCCUUUUUUUUUUUUUCUUUUUUUUUUACAAUUAUAUUAAAAGUGCUUUUAUAAUA